AUGGUGCAGGCAGGGAUAUUGGAGGCUGAAAGGGGUAGCAGGGUGGAAGAGACGAGGACAGGGGUAGCAAGGGGAACGGAGAAUGAAAUGGGUCGCACGAAGAUAAGAGAGGGGAGUGGAGGGAAUGCACGGUCGGUAAGGUGGGGUGGCCAUAGUGGUGUGGGAAUUGCUGCAUGGGGAAGUGGAGGCGCGGACGGGGUAUCAGUGGGGGAUUGGACGGGGGGAAGUGGGGGAUUGGACGGGGGGAAGUGGGGGAUUGGACGGGGGGAAGUGGGGGAUUGGACGGGGGGAAGUGGGAGAUUGGACGGGGGGAAGUGGGGGAUUGGACGGGGGAUAGUGUGGGAUUGGACGGGGGGAAGUGGGGGAUUGGACGGAGGGAAGUGGGGGAUUGGACGGGGUAUCAGUGGGGGAUUGGACGGAAGGAAGUGGGGGAUUGGAGGAGGGGUUGUGGGGGAUUGGACGGGGGGAUGUGGGGGAUUGGACGGGGGGAUGUGGGGGAUUGGACGGGGGGAAGUGGGGGAUUGGACGGGGGGAAGUGGGGGAUUGGACGGGGGGAAGUGGGGGCGACGGGAGGGGGAAGUGGAGGCGACGGGAGGGGGGGGUGGAGGCGACGGGAGGGGGAAGCGGAGGCGACGGGAAGGGGAAGUGGAGGCGACGGGAGGGGAUAGUGGGGGCGACGGGAGGGGGAAGUGGAGGCGACGAGAGGGGGAAGCGGAGGCGACGGGAGGGGGAAGUGGAGGCGACGGGAGGGGGAAGUGGAGGCGACGGGAGGGGGAAGCGGAGGCGACGGGAGGGGGUAGUGGGGGAUUGGACGGGAGGGGGAAGUGGAGGCGACGGGAGGGGCAAGUGUAG